GUUCAGGGCGGGGCGGAGCCGCGCAGCAGCAGCUUCAUCCCCGCUGACCGACAGCGACCCUCUGCUCGUCUCCAGGCCGCGGCAUGGACUCCGGAGCCCGGCAGCAGAAGCUCAGCGGGUCCGGUUCGAGCUGCGGAGAGUCCCGGUGCUGAUGAAGGCAAUGAUGAAGAUGCGCCGUUAACGGGCGAACCGGAGGAUCGGCGGAGCAUCGAUGCGGCAGAAGGACCGCCAUUGUUCGGAUGCGCAGCAGACUGAGAGGAACCAGGCCGGAGCUUAGACCCGCGGACCGACCCACGGACCGACCCACGGACAGCAUGCUGCUCCCGGCGCUGCUGCUCUGCCUCGUCCCGAUGUCGUCGGGCUUCCUGGCGUCUGUAACCGAUGAUGGUUUGAUUGUGGCGACUCUGGAGCGCUCCGACCUUCAGGAGAACGUCACGUCGUACGCCGUGCAGAUCUCUGGAGAACCUCGACCGGUUCUGGUCCAGUUCUCCAACAGCAGCGAGCCGAUUCUGUUCAACGCCUCGUUCCAUGGCCAGUGCUACUCUGUCGGUUUACUGGUCAGACUGGGCCAGAGCUGGUCCAGACCCAUGAAGACUCUGACGCUGCUCACAAAGCCACUACCCAUCCUCAGCGCUCAGAUUUCUGACUAUAAAGAAGCUCCAGAAACGGGAGUCGUGUUUGAAAUCGACCCUCCAGCUGGAAACGUCUUCAGCCGAGUGAACAUCAGCUUCACCGAAGGACCAGAGAGACGGUCGAUGCUCUACAAAGAUUUCUACAGAGGGAAGACGGUGUUCAAACAUUGGUUACCAGGGGUUUGCUACCGGAACAUCACCUUCCAGCUCAUCUCUGAAGCUACAGUUUACCAGACGCCAUUGGUCGCCCACAGUGACAUCACACAUACACCUCUGCACCACCGUACAGUGCCCUUCCCUCCCCUCAACAUCUCCCAUAAGAUUAUCCACCUGAGUCAGAGGGCAGCAGGUGAAGCCAUCAUAGCUCCGCUCCACCAGACGGCUCGUAACGCCCGAGAUGUUCCUCUGAUGGAGGAGCGAGAGGAGGAGGAGGUUCAGCCGGAGGAGGAGAACAUCUCUGAGGAGGUGGCGACCUCCAGCCCCUUUAACUCCACCAUGGUGGUUAGCACCACCGCCACCGCUAACAGCAGCCAGCCAGAGGAGGCGGAGCUUCAGAACUACUGGUUGGACCCGACGGAGCCGUCGGCCGCCGACGAUGAGUUCGUGAACGCCGUGGUGUCGGAGUACGAGGACUCCAACGAGCCGGGUUCAGCCAUGGGCCUCCAACCAGAACCCUCCGUCCUGCCCACCAGGGUGCCCCCCAUCCUGCUGGAGCUCCGCUGGCUGCCACCGAGGCCUCCGACCAGCCAUGACGGCUUCAACGUCUACAUCUACAGAGAUGGAAACUCCACAGAAACAGCGACUGUAGACGAAAACACUCACGAAUUCUUCACCGAGUUAACAGAACCAGGAACGUACCGAGUCCAGGUCACCACGCUGAGUUCAUCUGGAGACUGUGAGGCCCGAGAGAGCAGCGCUGACACCGGGUUCACCUUCUACCUCAGUCCUGGUGGUGAGCUGCUGGAGGAGCUUCGAGAACGUCCUCAGUCCGUUAGCGUCCGACUGUUGGACUCCAGCACCGCCGCCGUCUCCUGGGCGCCGUCCAACCAGAACCACAACGGCAGCCUGGUGUCGGUGGUUUCUACCACCUGCCUGAAGCCGAGUCUGAGCCAGAGGAUGGAGAACACCUACUGCAGCGAGGAGAACUCAACCAGUGACAUCAUCACCAACCUGACGCCAGGUGCUCAGUACAGAGUCGUGGUUUUUCACACCAACGGACCUCUGAUCAGCCCUCCGUCUGAGCCUGUCAUCAUCGAUAUUGAGCCCACAGGUGUCCGUGAGCUGGCGGUCUAUCCUCUGAGUCCGACGGCCGUCAUCCUCAGCUGGCAGCGUCCGUACCACGUGGCCUUCAGGAAGUACGUCCUGCAGACCUUCUUCUUCAACCCUGUCACGCUGGCGUCGGAGUGGACCACCUACUAUGAGAUCGCCGCCACCGCCUCAGUCAUCGCCUCCGUGAGGGUGACCGACCUGCUGCCGGCGUGGUAUUACAACUUCCGUGUUUCCAUGGUGACGUGGGGCGACCCGCCGCUCAGCUGCUGCGACAGCUCAACCGUGAGCUUCGUUACAGCUCCUGAAGCUCCUCACAUCUCCUCGGUGGAUUAUUCUCAUGGAGUUUUAUACGUCCGCUGGACUUACGGAGAACUCUUCAUCGACCUGUCGCACUCCAGGAUGCUGCACUGGCAGGUGGUGGCCGUCGGCAAGAAGGGACCCGAGAGGAGCUACUCAGUAGACGUGACCCGUAACGUGAUGCGAGCCCACCUGCCGCUGCCUCCAGGUGACAUCUACAACCUGACGGUGACGGCGUGCACAGAACGAAGCAGGAACACGUCCACGCCCAACAUCAUCAAACUGGAACCGGCUCCGCCCAGAUCGCUGUUCGCCGUCAACGCCACCCACUCGUCCGUCACUCUGCUGUGGACGGAGGACGGCGUGGUCGACUACUACCAGGUGGUCUGCAGACCCAGCAGGAGCAGCAAGGAGCUCAAGACUCGAGAGCCUCAGACGUCGACGUCUCACGUUGUGACGAUUUCCGGUUUGCUGCCGUCGUCAAGCUACAACUGCACCGUGACCAGCUUCAGCUACAGCACACCCAGCAAACCGGCCCACAUCAGCAUCACCACCAUCGCUAAAGAGAUGAACCCCAGUGUAGCAGCCAUCUCGGCUCUAGCCGUCCUCAGCAUACUGUUGAUCAGCCUCCUGGUUCUGUUCCUGCUGGUUCUGAGGAAGAAACACCUGCAGAUGACCAGAGAAUGUGGCGCCGAGACCUUCGUCAACUUCGCGUCAUUCGAGCGGGACGGAAAACUUCCCUACAACUGGCGAAGAAGCCUCUUUGCCUUCCUUACCCUACUGCCAUCCUGCCUUUGGACUGACUAUCUUUUGGCUUUAAUUAAUCCUUGGAGCAAGACCGCUUUAAAGAAACGGAAGCUAACAAGUCCUGUUCAGCUCGACGUUGACGCUUAUUUUAAAGAAAUGAGCAAAGAUUCAGCCUAUAAGCUGAAGAGUGUUGGUUUGAUCUUUCCCCAUGAAUGCAGCAAGAUCUUCCAUCAACAGACCCAAGAACAGAUACACAACAUCCUGCCCUGGGAGUCCCACACGAUCAAACGAAAACGGGAACUGUUUCUGUCAGAUGACUUCAGUCGUGUGAAGCUGAUCUCGAUGCACAAUGACGAAGGUUCAGAUACAUCAAUGCAACUACAUUCCUGUGAGCUACAGACACUCCAGGAGUACAUCGCCACUCAGGGUCCACUGCCUGAAACCCGGAACGACUUCUGGAAAAUGUUCUUCAGCAGAAAUCUCCCGAUCAUUGUGAUGCUGACGCAGUGCAACGAACGGCGGAGGGUGAAGUGCGACCACUACUGGCUCACCGAUGAGCUGGUGAUGUACGGUGAGAUCAGCGUGGAGAUGAUGUCAGAAACCGAGUCUCCAGAGUGGACCAUCCGGAAGUUCAGGCUGGGAUACGCCGAUGAGACUCAGGACGUCCUGCACCUGAACUACACCUCGUGGCCAGACCACGGCGUCCCGACUGUCAACGCCAUCGAGUCCAUCCUGCAGUUCGUCCACAUCGUCCGGCAGCAGGCCAACCGGACCAAAGACCCCAUCAUCGUCCACGUCACGCCGGCCGUCGGCAGAACCGGAACCUUCAUGGCUCUGGACCGACUGAUGCAGCAAAUCAGGGACGAGUUCAUCGACAUCCUGGGGAUGGUGUCAGAGAUGAGGUCACACGGCUGUCCCAUGGUCCAGACAGAGGAGCAGUACGUGUUCAUCCAUCAGUGCGUCCUCCUCAUGUGGCAGAAGAAGAAACCAGUCAGCAUCACGUCAGACGUCAUCUAUGAAAACGCCAGUAAAACAUAAACAACUGCAGACGCUGACGGCUGAGCUUCAGGCCUCCAUCUGUGCAGAAGAAGAAGAAGAAAAACGCUUUCAUCAUCAGAACAUCUCAGCGAGAACCACCCGACCGACCGACCAACCACUUCCCCAGAGUUUUAGUUUGGUUAUUAUGGGAUGGAAGCUUUGCCUUAACGAGUCUUUAGACUGAACCACCAGGAAUCAACGUUUCUGAUUCAAUCUCAGGAGAAUGACCAGCAGCACAUCGGCCUCCUUCCUCCUGGACCAGACUACCGGUACUGCCACAGCGACGAGAUCGACCGGACCAGAACCUUCACAGAACCUUCAGAGAACAUCCAGAAAACCUUU